UAAGCAGAAAAAAGCAUGCACCACGUGAACUUUGAACAGUGUUUCACAAUCGAGUUGAACACAAACUUGAAACGCUGGCUCAGAUUCUGACUGCGCACGCAGUUAGCUGGUUACAAUAGAGAAGAUGCUAACACUAAUACAUGCAGAACAUAGGUUCAAAUAUUCAACAUAUAUGCACCAUUAAUAAAAGACAAGCAUCGACAUUAUUAUGGUGCAGGACGCAGUGCUCGACUGUAUCCUUGGUGCAUCUAAGUGUCCUGAGUGAAAAGUCAAAGGUCGCCGUACAGCCAAUCAGAUCGCUGAGAAAGGAGACGCUCACGGCCAACAUGGCGGCGUUCAUGAGAGGCGUGAGUCGCGGCCAGACAGCGGUCGAAACGUUUACAUUUUUAACAAUCCGAGCAAAUCAAACGAUCGACGCGAAGAGAUAUGUCAGGGCCCUCCGACGAACACCCGUCAAAGUGAUAUAUCCAGAAAGCGAGGCCGCGGAAACGAAAACGAGAAAAACGACCGCGAAAGUAAAGGACCAGUCCAAAGCCGACCAGUUUGACAAUAAGACGCUCCCGAAGUACUGGAGACCAGGAGGAGACGACAACAGCAAAACCAAACCAAAGCCGCAGCCCAGUGAGACCAACGAGAAGAGACCGAGACCGACACAGCCUUUCAAUUCGGAACCGCUGAAAAACAGCGUCCGAGCGAACACGCCUCCCAAAGACACACGGGACAGAGACGAACUCGAGGGGCUGAGAUACGACAAAGCCUACCCAGGAGACAAGAGAUUAGCGAAGGUGGUGACUAUCGUGAAGUCGAGGAGGUUUCGGGAGCAGCAUGGAAAGAUCUUGCUGGAAGGCCGGCGGCUGAUCACGGACGCGCUGGGAUCCGGGGCGGUGCUGCAGACGCUCUUCUUCAGCUCACUCGACGCGCUCAAGGAGCUGCCGCUGGACAAGCUGCGGAGGGUCAACCUCAUCAAAGUGAAGUUCGACCACAUCAAGGUCUGGUCAGAUCUCGUCACGCCGCAGGGCAUCAUGGCUAUCUUUGCCAGGCCAGAUCACUCAAAGAUGACCUACCCUGCCGAGCAGCUGGAGCACUCCCUGCCCCUGUCGCUGAUCUGCGACAACAUCCGGGACCCGGGGAAUCUGGGAACCAUCCUGCGGUGUGCAGCCGGAGCGGGGUGCAGCAGAGCGCUCCUCACCAAGGGUUGCGUGGAUGUUUGGGAGCCCAAGGUGCUGCGGGCCGCUAUGGGGGCUCACUUCCGACUCCCCGUCAUCCCUAACCUGGAGUGGGACGAGAUUCCAAACUACCUCCCCGGCAGUACUACCGUCCACCUAGCGGAUAACUGCAGCUCCCCCUCGGAGAGCCGGGGCUCGGACAGGCUCAAAGCCGGGGACUAUGGGUGGGUGUCCAGCCGACCAAACCCAAAGAGAAUCGGGUUCGAGGAGCACAGCCUGGACUCGGAUUCAGACUCGGACUCUGACUCGGACCUCUCCCUUCCUGAAGUGGAGGCCCAGCUGUACCAUGAGGGCUGGGCGCAGAACCAGACCGCCCUGGUGAUUGGUGGAGAGACUCACGGGCUGAGCCUGGAGGCCCUCCGAUUGGCCGAGAGGACGGAGGGUAGAAGGCUGAUGGUCCCCAUGGUCCCGGGGGUGGACAGUUUGAACUCGGCCAUGGCGGCCAGCAUUCUGCUCUUCGAAGGAAAGAGGCAGCUGAAGGCAGAGAGAUCCAGCCCGACACAGAAAGUGCAGAGGCAGUGAUCUCCUGGAACUUUGUAUUUAGCUGUUGCUUACUAUUAAAAGCUGCAAUCUCCCACAGGGUGUCCACUGAAAUCAAUGACCUGCUGAGUGCUUAUCCUGCUGGUCUCGUGCUAGUAAUACAGGCAGCAGCAGCAUGCAGGGUACCUUCUCUAAGCUUUGUCGAAGCUCAAAGAGCACAGCAAUUCUUUUUUUGGUUUGUUUUGUCCCUUUCUCCAAUGCUUUGCAGAGAGUAUUUUGUAAACCAACACUUUGUUUUUCUCACAGCUCUACAGCUUUGCUCUUUGAGACGCUUGGUCUAGCGUCGGCUUCAAUUUCCCACAGUUUAAUGGUCCUUGAAUUCCAUAACAUUGGACUGUUUUGUAAUUGAAUACGAAUGACUGGCUUGUCUUCUAUGCAUCAGCUUGUCUUCUUGUGAAUGGAAUUUGACAACUAACCGUUCCCCAGUGCCCACUUGUGCAAUUGCGUUUUUUCCGUGUGAAUUAGCUCAAACAAGAAGUCACUUCUUGCUGCUCUUUUUUUCAGAUCGUUCUCAUAACGAUAAUAAUAGUUCAGCUCUAAGGUUUCCACUGCAAUCCCAAGUAGCCCCAGCUGUUUCAGCAUAUUCACUGUAGCUCUGAAGUCUCGUACUUGCUUGAGCCAAUAAAAACUUGGCACAUCUGUUCGCUCAGAUUAAACCGAUCCAGGACGCUGCUCGGGGGUUUUAGCAUCUUUCCAAGCGUGACGAUGGAGUGCUGGGUCCCCGUCUGGGAGCAGAGCGUUCUUUAUGUGUCGGGUAACAGUGCCAGAGCGUGUGUGCGUGUGUGCUUCCCUCCACAUGCCCGUUGGAAGGCACCCUGCUGAUUCGGGAGGCUGUUAAUUGAGGUGCAGUACAGACUGGCGCUUUUUGGCAGGACGGCCCGUCUCUGCUUCCAAAGUAUGUGAGAGUGGAGUGUAACCCAAGCUCCUGUCUGCCAAGGAGGAAACGCACGGCCCCUUUCUGAGGGGAGGGGCUUCAUGGUUACACCCUGGGGUGUAAAGAAUAAGAGGGGGGGCAAGGCAAGGUUUAAAAAAAAAAAAAAAAAAAAAAAUCAGAUUCUUAACCAGAAGCUGCAUUGAUGUCUAGAUGCUAAUCAGAAAAAGAUGCCGUUCUGCCUGGAUCACGCAGCAGGGGGCGCUGUAAAGACGUCAUGGAAAUAAUUUCACAUUAUUUUUAACUGAACAGUUACUGUAUAAUAAAAGGUCUUGCAUUGA